AUGUCUGGUGGUGAAACCUUUGUCCGUGCGUUCUUUGACUUGAUCCGCUACGGUAUUAUCUUCCUGCGAGACGUUCCCCUUGAGGAAACGUCUGUCGAGGAGAUCGCCAAGCAGAUUGGUCAUCUUCAAUCAACAUUUUAUGGACUGACCUGGGACGUCAUCUCGAAGCCUGAAGCAGAGAAUGUUGCCUAUACCAAUGUAUUUCUGGGGCUUCACCAAGAUCUAAUGUACUGGAAUGACGUGCCCAAGAUUCAAAUUCUUCACUGCCUGGAGAAUAGCUGCGAGGGAGGCGAUUCGAUAUUCAGUGACGGUCUCAGAACUGCCUUGGAGAUCCAGGCGACGAACAGGCAAUACUUCACUAUUCUGAGAAAGGUGCGCGUUCCGUAUCACUACGAUAUCGCACCGCACAAAUAUAGACGCGACCGCCCAGUCAUCGCCACCGGUUCGGGCAAUCGGAAGCGCAAUGCGAGACACGCGAUUCGGGAUGUUUACUGGUCUCCACCAUUCCAAGCGCCCUUCUUCGCUUUGAAAGAAGUGCCGGGUCUCUUCGUUCCAGGCAAAGAGGAGCAGAAGGUCUGGCAUGCGGCCGCGAAGGUCUUCAAAGACGGCAUUGAGGCCCCGGAGAACGUGUUCCAGUAUAAAAUGAAGCCCGGGGAUUGCGUCCUGUUCGACAACAGAAGGGUCUUCCACGGCCGCCGUGAGUUUGACACUUCUUCUGGGAAGCGCUGGCUCAAGGGCGGAUAUAUCAGUAGUGAAGUUCUCCACAGCAAGGCCUCGUCCCUUAAGGAAGCUGGUCUGAUGCCGGUCGAGUCACCUUCGCGGGAGAGUUUCAAGCUUGAGACAGUCUAG